CCGCUCGACGCACACAAUCUACUUCGACCAGAAACGGUCGAAUCCUUAUUCGUUCUACAUCGCAUCACAGGCGAUAAAAAAUAUCAAGACUACGGAUGGAAAAUAUUCCAAGCAUUUGAAAAACACACGAAAAUCGAAGGAGGAGGCUAUUCUUCGAUAAAGAACGUUAAAGACGCCAGUAAUCCCGGAUUCAGGGAUAAGAUGGAAAGCUUUUUCCUUGGCGAGACUUUGAAAUAUCUAUUUUUAUUGUUUGCUGACAAAGAAAUCGUUCCUUUAAACAAAUAUGUCUUCAAUACCGAAGCCCAUCCGUUGCCUAUAUGGCAGGAUUAG